AUGUCGGCGUCUCAACGAAAAACUCUGAGCAUUUCUGAACAGUUGGAGCUCAUCGACGAUGUCAAAGUGAAGAAACUCAAACUGGCCGCUGCAGCCAAAAAGUACGGAAUCGGUUAUUCAACAGCAGCAAAAAUUCUCAAGAAAGAAGACGAUCUCAGAUCUUGCAUGCAAAUAAACGGAAACACUAAUCGCAAACGAAAGCGCCAAUCCGUGCACAAGGACGUUAACGAAGCGCUUACACAAUGGUUUACGCAAGCAUGUGCUCAUGGAGCUACCGUCACCGAUCACGUCAUCAGGCAGAAAGCAUCACAACUGGCCGUAAAUCUUGAAGUUGAUUUUGAACCGAGCAAUGGCUGGCUCAUGCGCUGGAAGCAGGCCAAUAACGUUUCGUUCAAAAAAAUUUCACGGCGAAUCAACGUCAGCAGAUCACGGUUCUGCCAACGAAUGGGUGACAAACGUUUUGCCGCAACUUUUUCGUGGAUAUGA